AUGUCGGAGAUUUUCGAGCUUGAUCUAGCAGCUGAGGAAAUCUGGGAUCUACAUACAACAUGGCAUAAUUUACAUGAGGAUGAGCAGCCGGAUUCCAAACUCAUGGAGGGUUUCAUGGAUAGAGUGGGUGUGCGGUUGGAAGUCAUUGGCACGCCAUUGAGCGAAACUUUGCCUCCGAAGACGGCGGCGUUUGCGAAAUAUUGGUCCCCACAGGCAUCUGAUGGCCGUCCCCUUUGCCAAGGGCUCACUGCGUUUGCCCGAGAACGAAGCCAAGCUUGGCUUAUAUCUCAAAAUAAGGUACCCUCAUAUGAUAGAUUCACGCCGGCAGAAGAACCGGUCGUGGCCAUGUUCGGCACUGGUGUGGCUUCGAUCAUGAAAGAUGUUAUAAAGCGCUGGGCUGAUGCCAUGGGGUCGAAACUUGGAGAAGAUCAACGACUGAGGCCGAUCAAGCCCAUGGAACAAGGUAACCUUAUCAUGAAGUAUAUCACAGAUUUUCAGCAAGCAUAUGAACUUAUGUAUGGAAAGAUUGAGGAUUCGAGAUCCAUUUUAGGAGAGCCCAGGGAUGAGAUCCCCCAUAUUCGAAGCACGGGGCAUGGUGCAAAACUCCUGCUUGGUCUUAUGAUGACAGACCGUCUCCGCGUCUUUUGCCGGUUGCGAACGUUGGAGAGGAUGGAGAUCGGUUUUAGGGAGCUCGAGGUCAAAGACUUGGAGCAGGAUUCAAGAAAAUGUCCUAUCUGCCAAGAUGAGAUAGGAGUUCAAGAUGUAGACGGGUCCAAGGAAUCACCAAUUGUGUUGGUUAUCUGCUGUGGACAGAUUAUCGGAGAAGCUUGCCUGAAACGAUGGCUUCUAGACCGAUACGACGAAACAAGAGAUUCGUGCCCCAUCUGCAGGUUCGAGUUUCCGAAAUCAUUUUUAAACAAGUUAUUAGGUGAGGAUUGGUAUGACGAGUGGGACUUCCCUGAUGAGGGCCUCGAUGCUGAUGACUACGAGAUAAUCAACUUGAUUAGCCCAUCUCCAAAUCCACCUUCAAGUCCAUCCCCAGAAGCACAGCCCUAA